CUACCCGUCCGUCGUCUACCGCGCUUGCAUAUACGCGACUUGCAUACUCCUCAUCUCAUCUUUCACUUCGUUGUCGCAAAUCCCCAAUCUAUUCCCAAGUUCCUACCCUCACACGACCACGCCAAACCACCAAGAUGUCUCAGACCUUCACGAAGAGCCAGGUGGCCGAGCACAAGGACGAUAAGUCCAUGUACAUCAUCAUUGACGACGGUGUUUAUGAUAUCACCAACUUCCUCGACGACCACCCCGGCGGCGCCAAGAUCCUCAAGCGCAUGGCCGGCAAGGACGCUACCAAAUCCUUCUGGAAGUACCACGGCAAGAGCGUUCUGGAGAAGUACGGCACCAAGCUCAAGGUCGGCACUCUUGCUGAGGCCGCCAAGCUAUAAGCAUGCCUUCAAAGGUUAUUUGUUGUAUGACGGUAGAUUGUCAAAUAGGAAGGGUGUAUGAAGUGGCGAUCCCGUGGUGGUAAACGGGGUAUGGCUCAGAUGGGGGGCUAAGUGGAAGGGGACGGGGCCGAGGACCGAAUGCCAUGGACGAACCGAACCGACAAUGAUGUGGACACAGGAAAGAACAAGAAAGUAGCGCGCGACGACACCUGGGAUCGACAGUACCGAUGAGGGAAGAGUGUGCGGACUGCGGACAAUCGAAGAAAAGGCCAUCACUUGCCCCCAACUCAAACGCCCAUCCUAACCUCGCCUUACCUCCGCUGAGUUGACUCGAUCAGUCUGCCUUUGUCGUGAGCUUGUGGCAUCUGGCCGGUCUAGGCGAAAAGGGUUGUGCUAAGAUGAUAGAUGUUGCUUCGGGCGCGCAACUUUUUUCUUCUCGAAGCCAAAACGGGACAACUAUGUUGGAUACAAGGAAUGACGAGCGCGGUCUUGCGGUGGUGUGAAGAACAUCAUCCAGAAAUCUGUUGACGAGUGGCUUGGGCGCUGCGCAAUCGCAUUUAUAUAUACCCCAGAUCUGUAUAGCGAAUGGAGAUCUUCUUUUAUUUCAACACACCUGGUUAUGACCCUGAAAAGGAUGGGAUGUUGUCUGACGUUGGUUGUUUGAUGUGUGGUGAUGAUGAUGAUGGG